UAUUUUUUCCAAAGAAAAAUGUUUUAAGGCUUUUAAAGCGGAAUUGUUUAGAUAACAACAAUAUUUGCCGAGUUUUACUCGAUAAACAACGCUUUGUUUAAGUUGUUUCGUUAAAAAUGAUGUUUAAGUUGAUGGUGUUGGCGGUUUUGAUCACUUUUUGUGCUUGUAAUCACAAAAUUCGGGACAAUAAGAGUCAUCGGCACAAAAUUCGGAAUGAUUCCACUCCGAAUAUCUUUUAUAUUGAGGGCGAUAAAUUAAUCGCAGCUUCAAAUAAUGACGUUAAACAUAUUAAUCGGAUUAAAAAUGACUUGGAAGUCGAUCCGUAUCAAGAUUUAGAAAAAUCUAAGCGGAAAUCAUCGUAUAAAAGGAUUUAUAAACCUUUUCCGGUUACAAAACCUGAAAUUAAUAAGAAAAUGAUUUAAUUUUUAAUUAAUUAAGAUAGUAGGGUUGGUUAUUGAUAGAUGGCGUUGUUUGUGGCGGGAAAAUUUGUGUAUUUGAAUUAAUUAACAACAUUAAAUUUAUUUUUUGAAACAUUUAACACUGAUAAAUGUUAAUUAAUUAAUGAAUUAAUCAAACAGCUGUUGGUUUUUUGCUCGAAUUUUCUUUGCUUGUCAUUAAACUGGAUUGGGUCCCCUAAAAAAUGGGAAUUAAAUAAAUUUAAUUAAAUUAAACA